GCUUCAGUCAGAGUCAAACACUGCUCUGCUCCACUUUUACACAGUCUUUCCUGGAUGGACUGUAAUGCAGCACUGACCAGUUUCUGGAGUAAUCCAGUCCAGAAUACAAACAUUAUUUUCAGGAUAUAAACUGAAGCGGACGAAUGAAGAUUUUCACUUUAUGCUCCCAGCUGCCUGAAUGUGGAAUACAAAUUUUGGCAUGAAACAGAAGAGCCUAUGGAUUUAUUUCCUAGAAACCCCAUGUGAUAUGAUUAGAAUACAUUUUCUCCUUGGUAAUGCAGUUUGAAUAUUACUGGCUUCUGGUAGAGCUUUGUACAAAGCUUACCUAGAGGAUGGCAGUGCACCUUUGGCUUACUAAAAUAUAGCAGGAAAUCACUUUUUUUGUAUAUACACAUUCCUGUGAACACUGGUUGCGUUGUCUGGUCUAACUCGAUUCAAGAUCCGGUUGUGUCCUGAACAAACACCAAGUUCCGGUCCUACUCUCUCUCAUCCUUUUACCAUCUUAAGGUCAGGUACGUGAGUUAGGCAGGUUAGCCUGUUGCUCCUUGUUGUAGCUUAUACCUGGUCUCUGUUUCAGCUUCUAACCCAGCGUUUGGAGUGUCUUGGUUCUCAAGAAUCUUGUCUCAUCGGUUGUCAUUUCAUCGGGUCACCACUCAGCAUUUCUCAUAUCCUUUCCUGAUAGGUUGUGCAGGCUUAAGAAUGCAGAAUCUGGAUUUCUUCAAGUUUACUUCAAGCCUGUGCCAAAAAAUGCUAACUUUUCUUGAAAUCUCUUUCAAAUAUUUAUGGAAUCUAAUUAAAUUAAUCUGCAAAACCAUCAAUGAUGGCAUGCUUUGAUGUCACCUUGGAUCAACAUGAGCCAAAUAAGAAGGUUGUUAAAAUAGGCCAAAUAGCAUUUGAAAAGAAAGACGUUCAAAGAUAUUUUUUUCUAAAAGCAUUAUCGUUUAACAUUAGGCAAUUCUCUGAUGAGUUAUUUGUACUAAAUACAUAUUAAAUGAAAACUAUAACCAUGCCAACAUUUUAAGAUUAAAUAUGAUUUAUAAAUGAAAUAUGUUUUUAAAAGAAAAACAACAAAAUGUGUAACCUAAAACCAACACAAACUUAAUUAUAGACUUAAGAAAAUAUUUUCAAUAAUUCCUCUACGAAGCGUAAACAUAUCUCCACCCAGAGAUUUUUAUAUUUAUUACAACAUCAAGGAGAAUAUUUUUAAAACAAAGAUAAAUAUUAUUUGUUUAUAUCACAAUAUAUUUAGUAAAUAAAUAAUAUACAAUAUAAAGAGUUAUAGAGAAAAUCAGAAAUCACAUUGUAAAUUAAAAAUGAAUUUUUAUAAUCAAUCUUUAAUCCUGAAACUUGACAUCCUGUCAGAGCACUUCUUAAAUUCUUCUGAAAAUAAGGUGGAAUGGGAUGAAAUGACAGUAUUGGGAGUAAAAGUUACGAUUGCCAUCUUUUUAUCAUUAUUAACUUUGGCUACUCUUCUUUCCAAUAUUUUUGUCAUUAUUACAAUAUAUAUGACUCGCAAACUUCAUACUCCUGCUAAUUAUUUGAUCGGUUCAUUGGCUUUUACAGAUCUACUGGUAUCAAUAUUAGUAAUGCCUAUUAGUAUUGUUUACACUGUCAGUCAUUCCUGGACAUUUGGACAGAUCAUUUGUGAUAUCUGGUUGUUAUCAGAUAUUACUUGUUGUACGGCUUCAAUACUUCAUCUCUGUGUUAUCGCCUUAGAUAGAUAUUGGGCUAUUACAGAUGCACUGGAGUACACUAAGCAUCGUACUGCAGGAAGAGCUGCUGCUAUGAUAGCUGUUGUAUGGGUCAUUUCUAUAUGUAUCUCCAUCCCACCGCUCUUUUGGAGACAAGCCAAAGCUCAUGAAGAACUUACUGACUGUUCAGUAAAUACAGAUCAAAUCUCCUAUACCAUCUACUCAACCUGUGGAGCGUUCUAUAUACCAACAUUAUUGCUGAUUAUACUGUAUGGAAGAAUAUACGUAGCAGCACGAACUAGAAUUCUCAGACCACCAUCCAUCUAUGGAAAACGGUUCACAACUGCUCACUUAAUCACUGGAUCAACCGGGUCUUCCUUUUGCGCAGUCAAUGCCGCUCAUGCUAACUCUGAAGGAACUGCAGUAUGUAUAAAUCACAUCAAGAUAAAACUUGCAGACAGUGUUCUAGAAAGGAAACGAUUAUCUGUAGUCAGGGAACGAAGAGCCACAAAAACUCUAGGAAUUAUUCUUGGAGCCUUCAUAGUAUGCUGGUUACCAUUCUUUGUAGUGUCCCUGGUCUUGCCUAUCUGCAGUGAUGCUUGCUGGUUCCAUCCUCUACUGUUUGACUUCUUUACUUGGCUUGGAUAUUUUAACUCUCUUAUCAAUCCUGUGAUAUAUACAGCUUUUAAUGAAGAUUUUAAACAAGCCUUCCAAAAGCUAAUACGAUUCAAAAACCUUACUUAAGAACUUCUCUGGAUAUUGUUGGAAAUUGUGCUUAAAUAGAGAUUCAUUAUAAAUAUACUUUCUCUAUAUAUCUGGAUAUUAAACAGCUAUCACUCUUAUGGGAAUGUUAUUAAGACAAUUUACAAGUUCACAUUUGGACAAAGAUGUCAUGAUCAUGAAUGUAUAUUGCUAUAUGUAACCAAUGUCCCUGAUAUAAAUUCAUUUAUUUCAUCACAAGCAACAAUAUGAGUCAAUGUUAAUAAAUAACUUGGAGGAACUGAUAUGUAUUGAAAAAGGAUAUGGAAGUAAGAUUGAAUAUACAGUAUUUUUUGCCAAUUGCCAUGCAAAUAAUGUUUGAAGGAUAAUAUAUUGAAUACACCCCUAGAAUAAAAAUAAUUUGCAAUGAUCUUUUCUGAUCACCUGUUACUGUACAUUGAACGUAAAGAGUUAAUCAGAUUCUACUGAAAGUAAUUCCAGUGGACAUAAAUGGUCCUUCAGUUCAGAGAUCCACAUGAACCAGCCGAGGUCCAUGAUUAAACAAGGUGUUUUCCAGAUGUGAUA